UAUUUCAGCUGCUCUGCGCAUUUAACAGAAAGGAAUCCUGUGUCCGAAGGUGUGUAGUUUCGCAGUUCAAACCUCAGCCAUGAAUUUGCCUUGGGUUUUCCGCAGCUUGCUAACAGUUGUGACUCUAACAGUGUGCAGCAAAGGAUCCGUUGAAAUAGAAAAUCGAGUUCGCCUGAUCACUACAGAGGAGGACAUAGGGGGAGGACGUAUCGAGGUGUACCAUGAUGGCCAGUGGGGGACAAUUUGUGAUGAGAAUUGGUCACAUGACGCCGCUGAUGUGGUCUGCAAGGAACUGGGGUUCAGUGGAGCGUUAUUCGCAACUAAAAAAGCAUAUAAUGACUCAGAGGGUUCUGGUCCGAUCCACUUGUCAAAUGUGGUGUGCGAGGGCUCGGAGCAGUCCAUCCUGGAAUGUUCAAAUGACGGCUGGGGUGUGGUCGGUAAAUGUACUCAUAAAGACGACGCUGGAGUAAGGUGUAUCGACCCGGAAAUCCCUGAGUUGGUGUAUAGCGGCUGCUGGAUCGACGACCCAGGAAACAGGAUUUUGCCAGACUUUUAUUCAAACCAUCGAGGUAAAAUCGACUGGCAUAACCUUGGGGAAAAUGUUUUACUGUGUGCAAGGGACGCCAUCUCUAGUGGCAAAGACUUCAACCUAUUUGGUGUACAAUAUUUCGCCGAGUGCUAUUCGCAACAAGGUCAUCCUGACUACAAGAAAAUGAGAGCUGCAAAAAGUGGCUGCGAUUUCGGUGUGGGCAAAUUGUCACACAAUGCUGUUUAUGAAUUUGGGCCGUACCAUAAUUUGGGUUGCUGGGAAGACAGACCUGGAGGUGGACGAACUAUGAAGUGGCUAAAAAAUCUUCGUAGAGAAAUCGACUGGUAUGACAUGAGCAAAACAGUGCGGAGAUGCUAUGAGUUGGCGAAAACGGAAGGCAGAAUGUAUUUCGCAGUGCAGUUCUACGGAGAGUGUUGGGUCUCUGACGAUAAGAAUUUCAUGAAAUAUGGUCAGGCCACGAACUGUUGGGAGGGGACUGGGGAGCACUGGGCUCACUACGUUUACAAAAUACGCGAGUAAGGAAACAAUGAUGCCAGAUAAUUUCAGUGAUAACUCUCGAUGAUAACGACUGAAAAUAAGAAUUUUUUUUCAUAUUCAGCAUGCUAGUGGUUUUUUUUUCAAACUCGGCGAUGAAAAACGUGGUAAAAGCUGUAGGUUAUUUAACUAGUUGCAAACUGAGCUGAUGUAGUCUAUAUCUAUCUUUAAAACUACAGUAGUAUAUUCUUAGAGAAAUUAAAGGUUCAC